AUGCAACUGUUGCAACUUCGUCAUGAGAAAGGCAAUGAAAUUCUUGAACUCCAAUGCAACCUUGAGAAGAAAAAGAAUGAGUAUCAUGCAAAUCAGACCAGAAACUACAACCAUUGCCAAGAACAAAAAGAACCACUGAGGAUAGUUGACUGUUCUUACAGGUUUCAUGGACCAAGUGGCAUAUUUCACCUGCCACCUCUCAGGUGUAAGUCUGGUUGGCAGGGAGAGCUGUGUGAUAAGUGCAUUCCGUUUCCUGGCUGUUUACAUGGGACCUGCACCAAAUCUUGGGAGUGUGUAUGUAAGGAGGGCUGGGCAGGCAGCCUCUGCGACACAGCUUCUCACAGUUGCUCACCUGCACAGCCCUGUGCUAAUAAUUCUACAUGCGUAGAGAGUGAAGAUGGUGGUUACAUAUGUAUCUGUGGACAGGAGUUUAUAGGAAGCCAUUGUCAACUCAGGAAAGAGUCCUGCUACAUCAAUGGGCCACUUUGUCAGAAUGGAGGAAGUUGCUUGGAUGAUAAUGGGUUUGCAGUCAAGGAUUACUGCUUAUGCAUGCCUGGUUUUACGGGGGACUUCUGUGAAAUAAGCAUCAAUAACUGCAACCCAAACCCUUGUGCAAACAAUGGAACAUGCACAGAUCUGGUUUCUGGAUUUAGCUGUUUUUGCCCUGUUGGAUUCACUGGCAAGACCUGUGAUUAUUCAAUCACAUCUUGCCUUAGCCAUCCAUGUCGAAAUGGAGGCACUUGCCAUGAUCAUCCUAGGGGAGGUUUUGAUUGCACGUGCUUGCCUGAAUACGGAGGAGAAACCUGCCAACAUCAAACAUUUGAGAGUGUUAAUCAUGAUGCAAAGCAAAAUGUGCAUGCAAGAACAGGUUGGGUCAGGCGUGGCAAGUCUUUCCAUCCACCAUUGCAUGCCUCUCCAAGAUCAACACAUCAACAAGAUAAUGGGAUGCUCAAGAUCACAGUCAAAGAAACCAUCCACAAAUCCAACACACUGCUCAAUAGUAGCCAAGUGAUCUGCUUUACUGUGCUUGGAUUAUUGACAUGUCUUGUGAUCCUGGGCACUACAGGGAUUAUCUUCUUCUCCAAGUGUGAAAUAUGGAUGGCAAAUGCUAAAUAUAGACAUCUCCUCUGGAAACAGAAAAAGCAUCUUCUCCAAGAUAAAAACGAAGACCUUUCAGUCACAAUUAUAUUUCCAAAUGUGAAUAAAUUGACAAACUAUGGAAAAAACUAUACAUCUAUCUGA